CUCUUUUUGAGUCUCUGUGAGCAGUAGUGCCCUUCAUUCAACCGAACUCUCGUCCCUCUGUCAUCGCGGCGCUCAUCUUUGAGCCCCAACGACGGUCCGUGAGCCGUCUCGGCUGCUCGUCGAGCCCUUCGCCGCCGCCAACUCGUCGCUCUGCCUCGCCAGGAGGCCUGUUCUGCUGAUAUCGGCCGGUCCAAGACCGCCACUGAAGAGCUCGCCAAUCCCUUAGCGGCCGACUCGUCCGUCCGUCUCAUAUUUCGUCUGCUCUGACAUUUGUCGGCCUCUGCCCGCUGCCUAUGACGCCGUAUUAUCUCAACUCGACGGCCAUGGAGAGCAGCGACACCAUGUCUCACGCCCCCAACUUCACCCACGGCUUCCCCCAGGGCUACGGGUCGUAUGAGGGUCAGCAGAAACUGCAGCCAAGGAGCCGCCGCGUCCGGCCAGCCUGCUCCAACCACACGAACCACCCUCUCGCCGAGCCCAUCCCGACGCACGGCCACGAGCGCAUCGCAAGGAAGAGCUUCCACCCCGGCUGUGUGAAGGAGACGGGCCGUGUGGGCGGACGGGUGAGUGCAGGGAGCAACGACUCGACACAGAUGCCGCCAUCCCGUCAGGACAGCGACCGCAGUGUCGAUGGGGGGGUGGAUGUACACCAGUAUCAGGGAGAGGUGGGGGUGGGGAUGGGGAGGGGUGUGAUGGGUUGGGGGGCGGCUGUGUGUACAUACCAGCCGCAUGUGGUGCUGUAUCGCCCGGAGGCGCUGCGCAUCAUCAUGCCGGCGACACCUGCAACCGCCCGCCACGUGUCAGGUACACAAAACGACAAAGGGACGGACAUCGAGGGGUCUGUAUCACCAUGGCCUUUGUGUGUGUUGUCCAUUAGGUUUCUCUACUCAGCAGCAGCAGCAGCACGACUGUUGCGACCUGUGUGCAGCGGUGUAUGACGUGGUCGACGGCAUCGGGGAGUGUGUGGUGUCAGCUGUGGAGGGGGCUAUCGACCGCCUGAAGUGGUUCUUCACUUUCGAGUGACGACUAAUCCAUCGGUCUGCCAGGUGCGUGAGGGGAACAGAAACACACACGGAGAGUGGAAAGGAGAAGAGACGCAUACAUGCAAGUAUGUAUGUAUGUGUGUAUUCUUCCUUGUCUGUCCCUCUGGUUGUCUGUCUACAGCCAUCCAUUCGCCAGGCUGCGGCCGCGGUUGGAUGCGAUGCCCGUGCUGUGUCUGUCUGUCUAUCUCAACUAUCGACCUGGAGGGAUACAGUACACAUAUGGUGACGGAACUCACACACACACACACACGAGGGGGAGGAGACACGUGCACCACAUACGCUUCACUCGCCACACACGCGGGAUGGGAUACGGACGGGCAUUGUGUUUGGAUGGAGAGGGAGCGAGCGAGUGUUGUGUUUGCAUGUAUGUAUCCUAUCCAUCUGUGUGUGUCUCUCUUUGCUCUUGGCGGCUGUGCCGUGUGUGCCCCAUAUCACACACCAUGCCAUGCCAUGCAUGGCACCCAUGUGUCGUGUGUAUACGUCUCCCUUCUUGACGGCUAUGCGGUCUCACCCAUACAUAUCACACAAUGGCACACAUGUACAUUUCUGUUUGGGCAGCCGGGGCGGGCAGAUUUUGAUGGCAAACCUUUCUGCUUAGUUGAUCGUCUCCUUAAUUUCCUUCCUGCCUGCUACAGCAGACAAGUAUCCUUGUCGUUCGUCUCCUCCUUAGUUGGCUUCCUGAGCAUCUCCCUCCCCCGCCGUCCUCGUGUUCUCAUUCACGGGUUGAUUGGCCCGGCCCACUUUUCUGCCUUGGCUGCGUAUUUUUUGUCGCCCUCCUGACGUGUGGCCGUCUGUGUGGUGUGAUGUGUGGUGUGGUGUGGUGUAAUGUGCGAUGGGAGAUGGUGACGGCCACAGACAGAGAGAUAAGGAUAUAUGGAUGGCUGGAUGACCUCCCCCCC